ACUGACUCAUUUGGCGAAGAAGAAGAAUUUUAACGUCGUUGGCGAUCCGACAUCUUCACGUCAUCAGGUCGCCGUGUCACAUGUGUGUGGGGCUGUGAAAGCCUCCUGGCUUAAAAUAGAAGAGAAACAAACGACAUUUUUUAGCAGCUGUAAUUUCAGAAAAUUGUAGUUAAAAUAAUAAAAUGCCCAAAAAGGUGAAAGAAGAAGCAGAGUGGGUGGACGAUGAAGCAACUCCGGCAUCUGUUGGCAGGAAUACUGAAGACCAGACGGAAAGCUCAGCACCUCUCAACGGCACACCAGGUGCAAAACAAGACAUGUUUUGUUAUGACAGUUACUGUUCUAGCUUUAUACACAGAAUUCCUCCAUCAGUGAUGCUCAGUUGUGUUUCUAAAGAAAAAACUGCUCAGAGACCACGUAGCAUGGAUGAAGAUGUGGAAGAGGAGGGUAGUGACAUAGGUGACACCACAAUGAGUGCAGAGGACGUCAUCGCAGAGCAGGCCAAGAAGCCAGAAGAUGACCUGUAUGCUAAUCUCACCAAAAAGGAGAAGAAGAAGAAGAAAAAACAGAUGGAGUAUGAGCAUCAGGUGGCCAGUAUCCGUGUUCAGAAUGCACUGGAAGGAGAUUUCUCCAUUUCCCAGGCUGAGAUGUCUUCCAGACAGGCCAUGCUGGAGAACGCCUCUGAUAUCAAGGUACCCUGCUGGGAUAACGAGCUGGCUAAUCAAGACAAGUUUCACCCCAAGUCCAGCACCCUGAUUCUGUACGCUGAGCAGAAGGAAGGAGAAAUAAUCCGAUUUCUCGUGUUCGUUUUCUCUUUCAGAAAAGGAAAGACCACUCUACUGAAGCACAUAGCUAAUAGAGCUCUCAGUAUUCCUCCUAACAUCGAUGUGCUGCUGUGUGAACAGGAGGUGGUAGCUGAUGACACGCCAGCAGUUCAGGCGGUGCUGAAGGCGGACACUCACCGCCUGAAGCUUCUGGAAGAGGAGAAACAGCUCCAGGCUCGUCUGGAGAAGGGAGAGGAUAGUGUAGCUGAGAGGCUGGAUAAGGUCUAUGAAGAGUUGAGGGCAAUAGGAGCUGCAGCAGCUGAGGCCAAGGCGAGGAGGAUAUUGGCUGGUCUGUCAUUCACUCCUGAGAUGCAGAACAGACCCACCAAGAGGUUUUCUGGAGGGUGGAGAAUGAGAGUUUCCCUGGCCAGAGCCCUGUUCAUGGAGCCCACUUUACUGAUGUUGGAUGAACCCACCAACCACUUGGAUCUGAAUGCCGUUAUCUGGCUUAACAACUACCUUCAAGGCUGGAAGAAGACUCUCCUCAUAGUUUCCCACGACCAGAGUUUCCUUGACGACGUGUGUACAGAUAUCGUCCACUUAGACAACCAGAAACUUUACUAUUACAGAGGGAACUAUUUGACCUUCAAGAAGAUGUACGUGCAGAAGCAGAAAGAACUGCAGAAACAGUACGACAAACAGGAGAAGAAACUCAAAGAGCUGAAGGCUGGUGGCAAGUCUACCAAACAGGCUGAGAAACAGACUAAGGAUGCCCUGACCAGGAAGCAGCUAAAAGGCAAGAAGAAGGGAGGUCAGGAGGAGGAGAGCCGGGAGGCCACAGAGCUGCUGAAAAGACCCAAAGAGUACACCGUAAAGUUCACCUUCCCCAACCCACCUCCUCUCUCACCACCCAUACUGGGACUGCAUAGUAAGAACACGUGCACAUGCUCCAAACAUUCAGUCUACUCUCUCUGCUACAGCCUGUGUGCAAACCUGAAAUACUGUUUUCAUCAGCUAACAUGUAGGUUUUUCUGUGUGCAGAAAGUGGGCUUCUUUAACCAGCAGUAUGCAGAUCAGCUUAACAUGGAGGAAACAGCCACUGAGUACUUGAUGAGGAACUUCAAUCUUCCCUACCAGGAUGGCAGGAAGUGCCUGGGACGUUUUGGCCUCGAGAGCCACGCCCACACCAUUCAGAUCUCCAAACUCUCUGGUGGUCAGAAAGCCAGAGUCGUGUUUGCUGAGCUGGCCUGUCGUCAGCCCGACGUGCUGAUCUUGGACGAACCUACCAACAACUUGGACAUUGAGUCAAUCGAUGCUUUAUCAGAGGCCAUCAAUGAAUACAAAGGAGGUGAGACUGGCUGCUGAUCAGCUCAGUAGGGA